AGGGAUGAGGCCAUUACAUGAGCCCGACACCACCUCCUAUAUUCGUCCAGCAGAGACACUGGUGCCCUGUUCUCUCAGCAUGGAUCACCCCGGGAGGAGAACCCUACUUUUCUUCCUUGCUUUUGUGCCCAUAUAUUUACAUGGAGCUUCAUCACAGGAAGGCAAGCUAGUACAGCAAAGGAAACCAUUUUUUGAGAGACUCCGUAGAUUAGAAGAGCAGUUUCAAAGAUUCCAAGAGGUCACCCUGACACACCUGCAGGGCAUCGCAAACAACUACAAUGUGUCCUACAAUAUUGACACCCAAUUCCAAAGGCUCACAGAAGAGAGUCAGGCUUUGGUUCUGACAAUCAACAGGUCACAGGCUGCUGUGCAGGAGGAUCUGGCCCACCUAAAGACUUGGAUGAAGAAGACCAAACGUCGAGGCCGGAAGGUAGAUACAAGGCUGCAGGCCUUGGACCUUGCUCUGAGUGAGAAGAGCAAGCACCAGGCUUGGGAAGGGAAGAAUCAGAAGGCACAGCAGGAUGCUAUCUCACGCCUGGCCCUGAAUGUGUCUACUCUGCAGAACACACUGGCCCAUCUGGAACAUCAGGUCAAUAGGCAGAGCACCAGACUAGCUGCUCUUGAAGGGCAGCUACAGAUGGCCAACUCUGACACUGCAGCCCAGGGGCUGAUCCUGGCCCCAAACCAGCCUAUGCAGCCAGGUCUGAACUCCCCGAAGCUCUAUCACGAAAAGCAGGCACUCAGACACAGGAAUUCACCCCAGGAUCUCACCGCUACUCUCCAGGGGACACAGAAGCCCCCAUCCUCAAGCAACCAUUGGACAUCUACAGCAGCUCCAAGGGGCCCUCCUCAGCUGGCAUGGCCUCCCCAGGGAACAGGAAAAAUUUGCAACAUAGGCCCUGUGUUUGUCUUUCCGAAUGCCUCCGCUGAAAACGUGGUCUUCCUCAGCCCUGGGUUCCUCAAGGGUCUACGCGCCCUGUCCUUCUGCACCUGGAUCCGCAUGACCUCUGGUUACCUGGGCACCCUCUUCUCCUAUGCCACCGAAGACAAUGACAACAAGCUGGUACUGCAUGGCCGAGAUUCUCUGGUUCCUGGCUCCAUGCACUUUGUAAUUGGAGACCCAGCCUUCAGGGAGUUGCCCCUGCAGCUGCUGCUGGACAGUCAGUGGCACCACAUCUGUGUUAGCUGGACUUCCACCCAAGGCAGGUACUGGCUCUAUGUGGACCGCAGGCUAGUUGCCGCUGGCUCUCACUUCAGGGAGGAUUAUGAGAUCCCUCCUGGGGGAUCCCUUGUGCUGGGCCAGGAUCAAGACAAUGUCGGGGGUGGUUUUGACAGUGCUGAGGCCUUUGUGGGGAGCAUGUCUGGCUUGGCCCUCUGGGACAGGACCCUGUUUCCUAGAGAAGUUGCAAACCUUGCAAUUGGGAAAGAGAUCCCUACAGGUGCCAUUCUGACUCUAGCCAAUGUCACAUUGGUACGGGGAUUUGUACAGAGAAUCAACUGCCCUUGCCUGGAGCAUUGUCCAUAAAGCCACACCAUGCAGGCCAGUGAGAGGAGCCCCUCACCUUUCCCAUCUGCAUUGUCCUCAGCUAUGUAUGCAUACCUGGGCUCUAAUGUAGGAGGUGGGAGUGGCCAACGAAAUAUCUACAGUGAGAGGGGGGACCCCAGGCAAGUUCAGGGUCCAUACGCUGCAUCCCCCCAUCUCUGCAGCAUUCUUAUUCUUACAUGUUGCACCUUCGUGGGUCACUUCAUUCUUUGCAGAUGACAUUAUUUUACCUUGGCUUGUUCCAGCCCAGCAGGAGUGCUAGAUUCCAGCAGGUGUCUCCUCUCAGUGUGCCCUUUUAGUGAUAAAGGGCCAGCUGGUCAAGGCCAGUUCCCAGGAGAUGCCCUCAUUCUUUCCAACUGUGCAGAUGGCCGUAUGUAUCAUCACCAACUUCUCUCAAGAAAACUUUGGUAGGCUCUCCUCUGAGUCUAUGAAGAUGAUGAAUGAUGCCUUUAAACCAAUUUAUAAGGUAUAAUUUUCAUAUUAUAAACCAUACCCUUUAAGUGUACCAUUCAAAGAUUAUAGUAAAUAUGUUGAGUUAUACAAUCAUCACCAUAAUCUAGUUUUUGAGUAUUUCAGUUGCCUCUAAAUGCUUCUUGUUAAUGAUCACUCUUGCUUCUAGCCCCCGCAACUUCAUCUGCUUUCUGCCUAUGGAUUGGCCAAUUCUAGGUAUUUCAUAUAGAUGAAAUCCAGCCUGUAACCUGUGUCAACCUUCUGUCUUUCAGCAUCACAUUUUCUAGGUUCAUCUAAACCUGAUGUCAGCACAUCACUCCUUUUUGUGAGUGAAUAAUAUUCCAUUGUAUGAGUGGGCCACAUUUUCUUUAUCCACUCAUUAUCUGAUGGAAAUUUAGGUUAUUUCAAGUUUUUGAUUAUUGUGAAUAAAGCUGCUAAGUAUUCUU